AUGCAAGAAGCCCUCUCGCUCUCAGAGAUCAGGACCCACAUCGGCCUCUUCCUCAUCUCUAACACCAACAACAGCAAGCGAGACCUCAUCGCUUGCAUGAACGUCUGCAAGGACUGGCGAGCAGACUUUCGACGACUCCUCUACCGUGACCUUGUCCUCGGCCACCGCACCUUCCAACCUAUCCUCAGUCAUACCCAGUGGCGCGCUUAUGGGAUUCAUACCCAGUCUCUUGUUCUGGAGGAACCUUCGGUCAUGCAGAAGGUUAACCCGAAUAUCAUUCGGGGGAAAUAUAGUGGGAUGGGUGCUGGGGGUGGUCAGGGAUCCAAGAGUGUGCUAAGGUCUUCGGACUAUAACCUCGAUCCGAUCCAGUACUGUCCGAACUUGUUACACCUCACCGUCAAGCUCAGCCCGAUCGUUCAGGGACUCUGUUAUUGGACUCGAGAAGGGGACGACGAUGAUGACUAUGGGCAUGAUGAUAACGACUCUUUGGGAGCUGCCCCACCAGCACGGUUCAGAACUACAGUUGCAUUUCGAUACAAUCAGCAGAAUCAGACUUGGUUCGUCAAAUCCAGUAACCGGAUCCUGGCCUUGCUAGAGUAUCACCCCAACCUCCGAAGUUUCCAUUGGAUCGGCGACUCGAACGUGCAUAUGGAACGGAUUGGACGGCACUUGCUGUCGAAGCAAUCACCUCAUUGUCUGGUCGAUCUGGCACUGGAUUCUUUCACGGCUACUUGUGCGGAGAUCAACAGGAUCAUUGAGAACUGCCCCGAGCUUCGACGGCUAUGUUUGAUGUCUUUGCAUCUAGUGUCCACGGCGAUGUGGCCUGACUUGGAACCGGAGCAGGAGAUAUCCACAGUCUCGAUUGCCCCAACAUCACCAACAACAUCGUCACCGACUCUCCUGCAGCCAACUCAAAUCCAGCCAACCCUCUACCUAGCCAACAUACAAUCCCUGACCCUUGACCGCCCACAGUUCCUCGCCCCAGGAAUCUUCAAAAUCCACGGCCCACACCUCCAACACCUAGAACUCGUUGACUGUGCUUUCCCCCCUUCCUUUCUCAUUGAAAUCAGCAGAGCCCGAAUCGAGGGUUCGCCACAUGCCCUGCUCACCCCUCACGUCGUCGAAUGGAACUGUCCCCUGCUUACAGGGUUCAAACACGAUCAAGGAAGUCUCAUGCCAGAAGCCUUCUCACACAACCUCCUAUCAUCCACCAAAACUCCCUUCCGGUCGCUCGAACUCCUCAAAUUGACCCUCCAACCAACCUUUGUCGCGGACCUGACCGCGUAUCCCAAUUUAUGCCAGCAACUGACACACCUGGACCUCUCAGAAAGUGAACGCAUCAAGAGCACCGAUCUCCAGUCCCUGCUCUGCCAUCUCCCCGCCCUCCUCGACUUCAAAGGCCCCGCAGGCGUUCUCUGGGGAGAAGAUGUCUUCCAUUCUCCCAAACCUUGGGCAUGUCUUAAACUCCAGAAACUCCAACUGCUCAUCUGUCUCGCCCGACCGGAUUCAGGGCUUUGGGAAUCCGACAAUCUCUUCUUUGGAUUCCCACUCUGGGAUGCCCUCCCUGCAGACUCGAACCGCUUCCUUCAGGUUCAAGAGGCUUUGUUCCUUCAGCUAGGCAAGCUCACAGAGUUGGAGGUUUUGGAUUUGUCGGGUGGAUACGAGAUCGAACAUUUCUUGCAUGAGGUGCCGCGUGGGUUACCGUGGACGCUGGAGGCCGGAUUGGAGGCAUUGCAAGGGCUGAGGAGAAUGAAGGAGUUGACGGUUUCUGGGUGGGAGAACAAGAUGACGAGGAAGGAGGCUCAGUGGUUCCGGCAGUGGUGGCCAGAGUUGAGGGCGAUCCGGACAAAGAACGACGGUGCUUUUUCGAGGCCGUCGCGAUCACAAGCACCUCAGCAACAGCGACAGGAGGAGGACGACGACGAUAAGCCUGUGAGCGAGGAGCAGGUGGUGGGCUGGCUUGCCUUCCGGAUGUGUCUUCACCAAGAAUGGCCCGCGCGGUUCCCCGAUCCUAUGCUCUAG